AUGGGCUUCUCCUUUCUUCAUGUUGAGGCGCAACUCCUAUUCACACUCCCCGCAAAUAACAAGAAAGGGACCUCGGGUCUGAGCAGCCAACAGCCAAUGGCACCCCAUUUUUUUAUGUUUACACCACUAGCAGAUCCAAAGUUGGAGAAGAAGAGUACUGGCCCAAUUAAAGGAACCCCAGCGUGCACCCAUGUCAAGGAGUGGAGUUUGGAGAGUUUUCUUCAACACCAUCCCGACAGGUUUACUGGCAAAUGCAGUUCGGAUGAGGCCGAUCAUUGGUUCCAAGAUAUGGAGCGAAUCUAUGAAGCCAAAGGGUGUCCGGAUGAGAAGAAGCUGGCCUACACCCAGUACUUGCUGACAGGAGAAGCUGGACAUUGGUGGAACAGUGUGAAGAUGAUCUUGGAGAGGAACGGGACUCCUAUCACUUGGGAGUUGUUCAAAACUAAAUUCUACACUCAAUACUUCCCAAAUAGUGUCAGGUUUGCUAAGGAGGUAGAGUUUCUUGAGUUGACUCAGGGUAACAGAUCGGUAUCGGAGUAUGCAGAUCGUUUUAAACACCUGCUUCGCUUCAACACCAUGUCAAUAGAUGAAGAAUGGCAGUGUCGCAAGUUUGAGAAUGGCUUGAGGAAGGAUAUAAAGUUACUAGUAAAAGGAUUAUGCAUUAGAGAAUUCUCCGCUUUGGUAGAGAUGGCCCGUGAUAUGGAAAAGACUAAGGGAGAACCAGAGGGACCUCAGAGACAACAGAACCAGCCACUUAGGGUUGGUGGACUUGUGAUAUCCCGGGGAGGCUCCAGUUCUAGAAAGACCCCUUUCUCUAGACCCUCUUACUCCGGGUUCAGGGGUUCUUCCUCUCAGUCAUCGGGGCAAUCCAGUUUUUCCAGUUCCGUUAGAUGCUUCAAGUGUGGUGGACCACACCUCCAGAUGUCUUGCCCUCAGUUAGAAGGGUAUAGGAGGUGUAAUAUCUGCAGGCAAGAGGGACACUAUGCCAGAGACUGUCCUACUACUAGGAGGGCAGGACCACAGCCACGCCAGGCUGGCAGACCUAUUCAAAGGGGUGGACACAGACCUCAGGCAACCGGGAGAGUCUAUGCGUUGACUAGGACUGAGGCAACCAGUGCAGGUAAUUUAAUUGUCAGCAGUUGUUUGUUAUUUGGAGCUUCGUGUGUGACGUUGUUUGAUUCGGGGGCGACACAUUCUUUUGUGUCUAAGGCUUGUGUGGAGAGGCUUGGUUUAGUUGUCAGAGAGCUUUCGUGUGAUCUGGUGGUGUCUACACCAGUAGCUGGGUUAGUCAAGACAUCUAAUGUGUGCUCCAGAUGUCCUAUUGAGGUAGAGGGGCGUAGGUUCAUAGUGAACCUUAUUUGCUUACCUCUGCAGGGGCUAGAGGUAAUUCUGGGAAUGGAUUGGUUAGCAGCCAAUCAUAUUCUUUUAGAUUGCGGUGGUAAAAAGUUAAUAUUUCCCAAAGAAGAUGAAGACUUGUCAUUAUCGCUCGGUGUAUUGAGGCAGGAUAUCUUCGAGGAAGUUCCUGGUUUACCUCCUCCGCGAGAAGUGGAGUUCUCUAUUGAUCUGGUUUCAGAAGCAGGACCAGUAUCCAUAGCCCCUUAUCGGAUGGCACCAGCUGAGCUGGCUGAGUUGAAGAAGCAGAUUGAAGAACUGUUAGAGAAACAGUUUAUCCGGCCGAGUGUUUCGCCGUGGGGUGCGCCAGUGUUGCUAGUAAAGAAGAAGGAUGGUAGCUCAAGGUUGUGCGUUGACUAUCGACAGCUGAAUAAGUUGACGAUCAAGAACAAGUAUCCAUUGUCGAGGAUCGAUGAUCUGAUGGAUCAAUUGCACGGAGCUACGGUAUUCUCCAAGAUUGAUUUGAGGUCGGGUUACCAUCAAAUUUUAGUGAAAGCCGAUGAUGUGCAGAAGACGGCAUUCAGGUCCAGGUAUGGCCACUAUGAGUAUGUGGUUAUGCCUUUUGGUGUGACUAAUGCUCCAGCCAUAUUCAUGGACUAUAUGAAUCGAAUUUUCAGACCAUUCUUGGACAAGUUUGUGGUGGUGUUUAUAGAUGACAUACUUGUCUAUUCUAAAACUCGGGAGGAACAUGAAGAUCACCUUCGGGCAGUGCUUGAAGUGCUGAGAGAAAGAAGAUUGUAUGUCAAGCUGUCCAAGUGUGAGUUUUGGAUGGAAGAGGUUCCUUUCCUUGGACAUGUUUUAGAAUACUUCGAGAGGAAGGAUGAGUGA